GUAGAAGGCAGUUAACGCCCCGACGCAAAUGUAACCGGCCGCAAGCGGAAAAUAGUUGCGUCUUAUCGUGAUAUCAAUAAAAAUAAACAAAAAAACUUGUAUACUCAAAAAUGGGUGUCUGUGUAAGGAUUGCUGUCCUGUUUCUUUUGGUUUCUGCAACUUAUGCUGUUCCUGCAAGAGACUUGAAUCGGGCUCCAAGGAUCGAUGACGAAAUAGGAGAUCUCAAGGCUGAAUCUUCAGAAAUCAUAUCAGAAGCAGUAGCUCCGCCGCCUAACUUAUACAAACAAGUUGAACCAGAUUUAUUAGCAGCUGCUGACCAAGCAGAACACUCAAUUGAAGUCGUCGGUGACUCACAAACAUUCUUUCCUUCAUUCGCUAACUUAUUUGAACCAAGACAACAAAAUAACUUUAGAUUGGGUUUCGGAAGCCAAGAAGCUGCCUACAGUCAACGACCCAAUUCAUAUAGGUCACUGUUAAAUUAUCCUCUAUUCGGAGGAUAUAAACCCUUGGAAGGCUUUGGAAAGAGUACGCCGGCUUCUGAGCCUGUAGUUGACGCUAGCACUAGUAUUCUAGGCUCUGGGAAUUUUGGUAUCAUUAGAGGAGGAACUUUCUUUGCACAAAACGAUGAAGAUGCUGAGUACAAUGAUAAUUUCAGUUCUUAUUAUAAUAAUGGACAUGGAAAGCCAUCCCUUAACGUCGGUUACAUAGCAAAUCCACGUCCCAAUUAUAAGCAAGACCAAUUUGCUAAUUUCAGAGAUUUUGCCGAUAUUAAUGCCCCUUCUAGUUCAGCAUAUUCACAUUAUGUAGUCGUAUAUGCGAACAGAAACGCCACGAUAGACGAAAUAAGUGAAGAAACGAAAAAUGUCUUAACAAAACCUAAAAAUAUCAUUGAAACUCUAGAACAGCUCGACACUCCUAGUCCGCCGAAGAAAAAAUCAAAAGGAAAGGAUAAAUUAGAAGCAACUAAACAAAAGAUGCUACACAAAAAGGAACAGUGGAAGAAAGGUAAUUCGAAAUACAUUAGCCAAAAACAUGACCCAGAAGAACCUUUAUUAGCUCUAAGUUAAAUCUAGUUUUUAUAUAAAAAAAAGACUUACGUUGUACACGUGUUCAUAGUGAUAAGCAUAGGAAAGAAGUAUACAAUUUUUGUCACUUCAAAGAUGUGAUAAAUGGCUCACUGUCUAAAUUAAUAAUAUAAGCGUAUAUAGUGUGCGUGCUGUGAAGAGUUUGAAUUUAUGGUAUUGAAUGUCUGCUAUUGUGUGAAAACUGAUUAAUAAAUUAAUUUCUUAAAUA